AUGUCGACUGAGCCAACCACGUCGCCAGGCCUCAGCCCAAUCUACGAUCGGGACCCCAUCGUCGCCAGCAUCACACGGUACUACGAGCUGCUUUCCAAAAUGGUCUCAAUCCGACCCAAGCACAUCGAGUAUCCCCCCGAAGGAGACUGGGGAGACGACAUCAUCCCUCUCGAGAAGCUCCGCCGUCUCGGCUUCGACGAAAGAAUGAUCGACCUGGUACGGCAUAUCCCAUACGUGGCCAGCAACAGGCCCGUCUUCCCCUCAACUCAGACCGUCAACUACUUCCAGAACGUCUUCUCAGAGCCCGUGGAAGAGUUCCAGUUGGAGGAUCCUAAUCGUGUCAGGCUGUGGCCGGUGCCGGACGAGAGGAUCCCCGAGGGUAUAGUACCUUUAUCUCAGUGGCUGAACGGAGAUAAGUUGGGGAUCUGGUGGUUGCUCGAUACUAAGACGGGUGAGCUCACCGCCCACGACGCCUGGAUCUCGAGGCCGCCGGACGAGGUACCCGAAGACGAGCCCUGGCGCACGGCGAGACCUGUUCCCGCCGUCACUUAUUUCGACGGGUUGUGCGAGAACUUGAGAUCCCUCGAACUGGUCCCCGUGCCCGGCGAUUCCAGGGGGAGCGAGUGGGGCAUGUGGCAGCCGAAGUUCAUGAGGUCGGAGAAAUGGAUCAGCGAAGCGCAAGCAAUCUAUCGCAAGUGUCACUGGCCGGAUGUGGAGAGGUUUCGGCGGCAGAAGUGUCGGAAGCUCCUGGUUGAGAUGCAGGAUAGGAUUACGAAGGAGGAGGAGGAAGGGCGCGAACGUCGUGAGGAAGAACGUGCGAAGCUAGCUGUGGCGUGA